AUGAAGCUCUUGACUGGCAUUGUAUUCCCACUCGCCGCUGCUGCGGCAGCUACGCUGGCAUCGGUUCGCCAAGACGGAGCUAGCAGUAGCGCAUCGAACAUCACCAUCACGAGCAACAAGGUGGAGCGAUCAUUCCUGCUGUGGGUGUCGCCAAAGUAUAAUUCGAAGAACCCAGCAACUGUCAUUCUGUCGUACCACGGAGGCAACAAGAAUGCAAAUGAUCAGCUCGAACUGGACGGUUUCACCAAGGCAAAUGCCAACGCUGCAUCGAUCGUGGUCUACCCACAGGGCAUUAAUGACUUCUGGGAGGGUGUGCCUGGAGACACUGUCAAUGACGUGAGAUUCACCAGCGACAUCCUCGACUACCUGGAGAAGAAAUACAAUGUCGACACGACGCGUAUUUACGCCUCUGGUAAAUCAGAUGGCGGCGGCUUCUGCAAUGUCCUAGCCUGCGACGCCAACGCCUCCAAGCGCAUCGCCGCCUUUGCGCCCGUCUCGGGCGCCUUUUACGUUGACACGUCGCCCUGCCACCCCGACACCGUCAAGCUGCCGUGCAAUCCCGGGCGAAAGAAUCUUCCGUUUAUCGAGUUUCACGGCGGCAACGACACGACUAUUCACUACGCAGGCGGCACGCGCAAGGAGGAGUGUCUUCCGGCGAUUCCGCACUUUAUCCAGCAGUGGGCCGUCCGCAAUGGGCUGGGACUGCAGAACCAGACGAACAAGAUUGCGGACCAUACAACGUCGUAUACAUUUGGGAGUGGUGCGAGUGCGGGCCUGGUUCGACAUGUAUUUGAGUCGGAUAUUGGGCAUGACUGGCCGAGCACGUCUCCGAAUGCUGAUAACUCGAGAAAGGACCAUCAUGUCGCUAGCUACGACGCCACGCCCAUCAUCUUGGACUUUUUCAGCAAGCAUAGCUUGACUAAGUAG